UUUAUUAAGUGUUGUAACGAGCUUAAGUUAAUAAUAUGUCUGUUGUAACAGAAUUGGAUUUCAUUGUUGAACGAAUUUCUUUCUAUCAGUGUCAUUAUAUCAGCUGAGUAGCUGACAGUGACACUCUAUUGUUUUGGUUUUGAGGUUAGAAGUUAUACAUUGUUUAUCAAUGUUAACACUGAACACUAUGAAAACGGUCAAUUUUGUAGUGAUACUGUGUUAGAGACUUACCUAAUGAAGACAAAAAAUAUUUUCACGAACAUUUAGUGCUGUAAGCUUUAGCGAUGAACUCGACAGAGUAUAAGAAGUACCAUGAGUCGUUCAUGCAGAAUAACCACGGCUCCACAGCGGUGCACACCUUCCUGUGUAUAUUUUUCACCGUACAAUGCACUAUCUACAUUGCUAUUAAACAGAGAUUCCCGAUAUGCUGCCAGUAUGUCUAUGAAUACUUGGUAUUAGUGCUGCCAAUGAUAAUUGCUCACACAGUUAUUCCCGAACAUAUAUACUCGUUAAACAUAAUAGCAUCUGUGAUUUUGUUAUUCAAUCUUUUAUUUUCUUAUCAGAAUGUGUAUAAGAAGUUUAUGCAGCAAAAUGUCUUUCACAAUGAUAGGUUAGCUUUAAUUUCAUGUUUAAGAGGACUGACAUACCUGAUUACUGGGUUAUGCAUAUUAGCAGUUGAUUCCCAAGACUUUCCAAGAUACUUGGCGAAAACUGAGCGGUUCGGAUACAGCCUAAUGGAUACUGGUGUUGGGUUGUUUGUUAUUGUAAGUGGAUUAGUUCAUAAAGACUUGCGGAAGGAAAGGUUAAGGAAAAUUGUAACGGGAAAUGUUAAAGUUAUAUUAAUACUGACUAUUCUUGGUGUUGGGAGGUUUGUAUCUGUGAAACAAUUGGACUAUCAAGAACAUGUCACAGAGUAUGGGGUUCAUUGGAACUUUUUCUUCACAAUAGCAGUUUGUAAGAUUAUUUCAACAAUACUUUUGUACUUCUCAGACCAUACCCUAUUAUUGUGUAUAGUUACCUCAUUGUUUCAUGAGUUCACUUUGUUCUUUGGUCUACAAAACUGGGUGUUUGGUGACAGCCCUCGAGAUUCCCUAAUAUCAGCCAAUCGGGAAGGAAUUUCCUCCUCCUUGGGAUAUGUAGCCAUUUACCUGUAUGGAGUCCAUGUAAGAUCGUUACUAUUACAUAAAAGAGUCACUAAAUAUCACACUCAAAUUCAGCUUGUAAUUGAAACAAUUAUAGUAUGGUUUUUGAUGUAUUUUGUGAAUUUAGUCCGACCAACUUCUAGAACAUUGGCUAAUCUUGGAUACUGCCUCUAUACUGACAGUCUUUUAAUAUCAAUGACAACUGUACUAUAUUUUGCUACAGUGCUGUAUGAACAUAAAGAUGUAUAUUUUAGUGUACCAUUAUUACUUGCACAUAUAAAUAAGAAUGGAUUAUUAUAUUUCUUGAUAGCAAACUUACUGACUGGUGCUAUUAAUUUAUCCAUGAGAACUUUAUUAGUGCCUAGUAUUUUAACUUUUGUGAUCUUAAAUAUUCAUAUGAUUGUCACACUGAGGCUCAUAGUGUGUUUGAAUUUUCUAGGAAUAAGAAUAUAAAUAAAAAAGUGAAGACUGUCGAAACUUCCUCCUCCUAAGUGUUACUUGUAUUUAGUUCCGUAAGGGUAUUUGAAAUAAAACCAUAAAUAAUAACAAAUAAAAUUUAUUAAAAUUAGCAAUUGCAAUUCAUAUACAUUACAGAAUACAUUUAUAUAACACUUUAUAACAAACUCUACUGACAUAAAGUCAAGGCAAGAACAAAACGAAGGUAUUAAUGUUUAUAAUAAUUAAUAUCUAAGUACAUAGGACUAAUAUAUUUUUAGUUUAUAAAUGCUUGCGUCAUGGAAUUAAAUACAUUCUGGAGCGGUUUAUAACCAAUGGCAAUACAAACUACUAAUAUAACUGUGCUUGUUAGUGCACCAAAGAAGGGCAAUUGAGCAAACAAGCAAAUUCUUUCCUUUAAUAGACUUCGAAAUAUAUUGGAUACAUAUUCUUUUGUAAACAAAGGAAUUUGUAAACAAAACAUUUUGGCGAUGGUAUGAGUUAAAAUCUCGUGUGCAAUGUGCAUUCAAGUGAAGUGUACUGGUAAGUGACGUCACACAGGGUUACUUGCUAGCCCCUUGAAUGCAUUUAACUUUGUAUUUUUUGAUAGUGUAACUAAUAUGUAUUAGUGGAGCGCCUGGUGCGUCAAAAUCAUAGAAACCUCAGACUUCAGUGAAUGAAUAAUUUUUGGUAAACUUUAGUAUAAGAAAGAAAAUGCCACCUCAACCAAAAAAAAUCAUUCACUGUAGCAAUUUGCCGAGGUCAAAACCCCCAGGCGCUCCACUGUAUCCAAAGUUAUGUAGAAAUCUUUACGAUAGAUAAAUAUUAUUUUUUUAACGUAAAUAUAUUGCGCAAGCAGUCAAAUUAGGCCUUCACCUUCUUUUGGGCAUAAAUUAUCUGACCUGUUGUUUGCCAGAGACUAUACAAGUGUAAGCAUACAUACAUAUUUAAAACAAAGUUGUUUAUAUAAAAUUUGUUUUGCACAUAGAUUUGUUUGAACACACAUUCUUUUUAUAACUAGUCAUAAUCAUAAUUUAUUUUCAUGCUAUUUUGAUCUCAGUUUACAAUUCCUAAUAUUUUCACAACAAUUCCAUAAAUAUUGUAAGAACAAAAAGUUCUCUUUUAACCCUAACCUACUUUAACAUUUUAUGAGCAUUUAUGAAAAUUUAAUCGUUUAUCUAUUGUGACUUUUCAAGAUAUUGAUCUGGUAAAUGCGUCGGCUUAUAAUUUAUUGUAUUACUGUAAAACUAUUGUCUAUACAUUCCGUAUUCUUGUCCUGUUUCAAUUUUUAUUAUAAUUUCAAAAUUCAUAAAAAUAUAUUAUUUUUUCUA